CUCUCUUCCUUUUCCUGCGGGAAGAUGGCGGCGUCGGGGGGGCGCGUGGUGCCGAGCGACCUCUUCCCGCUGGUCUUCGCCUUCCUCAAGGAGAACCACUUCGAGGGGGCCGCGCGCGCCUUCGGCAAGGCGGCAGGAGUGACACAACAAGACCCCAAUGCUGCUUCGCUUUUAGAUGUCUUCAACUACUGGCUAAAAUCUCCUGAAGCCAAGAAACGGAAAGCUUUCCCCAAUGGCCCACCUGCAAAGAAAGCCAAGAGAGAGUCUUCAUCUAGUUCUGAGAGCUCCAGUGAGGACGAGGCACCACCAGUCAGGAAAAUGGCUCUAGGAACUAAGCCAGCCCCUGCCGCUAAAGCCCAGGUACAGGCAGCAGCCUCGGCCAAAGUGGAAAGCAGCAGUGAGGACUCCAGCAGCUCCUCAGACUCUGAGCCAGAGAAGAAGAAGCCAGCCAAGAAAGGAGCAAAUCUCCAGGUGAAGAAAGGGCCCUCAAAAGCAAAGCCCCAGAAGACAUCCUCGAGUUCCAGCUCGGAUUCCAGUAGUUCAGAAGAUGACACACUGAAGAAGCAGCCACCAAAGCCAGGAGCUGUCAAAAAGGCAGGGAAGCCGCCGGCCUCAAAACCAGGCAAAGUUGCCAAGGGGAUGCCUGGCAUUACUAAUGGCACAGCAGAAAACAGCAGCAGUAGUGAAGAUUCUGAUACUGGGAAAGGUACACCUGUGAAGGCUGCCCCAGAGAGGGCUCCACCGGCCAAGCCAGAAGCUUCCCUUGGGAAAGGCCAGGUGGUGAACAAGCAGAGCAGCAGCAGCGAGGACUCCUCAGAGAGCUCAGGAGAUGAGCAACCAGCAGCCUCCAAGCUCAAGCCUGGCCAGUACAGUGCAGUGCCGCCCCCUUCAACCUUAGAACCAAAGAAAGCCAAAGGACCUUGCAAGAAGAUUGGCGGCAGCAGUCCAAAGGAGCAGUUGUUGAAGAAGCAGCAGCAGAAGAAAGCAGCUGUCCAGCCUGCAGCUAAACAACUGUCUUGCCCCAAAUCUGCUGUCGUUACCCAAAAAGGAGACUCUUCCUCAGACAGUGAUUCAGAUUCCAGCUCUGAGGAUGAAGACAAGAAGGCCCCGAGCAAGCCCUCUGCCAAGCCUGCCACAGCCUCCAAAGGGAUCACAAAACCAGCCCGGAUGCAGCAAGCGGACAGCUCCUCUGAGAGCUCAGAUUCUGACAGUUCAGAGGAAGAAGUUCCAGCAAAGCCCCCGGUGAAGCCAGCUCUGGAAAAGGCCAGCAAAGCCAGGAGCCGCUCUGGGAAGGGCGAGGAGAAGAAAGCCCCCACAUCCAAAGUGGCCUCCCGACAAAAGGCCCCAGCCCCCCCCUCCAGCAGUUCAGACUCUGAGAGUUCCAGCAGCGAAGAGACACAGAGCAGGCCUGCCCCCAACUCGACUGGCCGGUCACUCGGAAGCUCCAAAGCGGUUGAUGGGAAGCGGGCAGCGGACGCCAGCAGCAGCUCUUCCGAUGAUAGCUCUAGCGAUGAUGAAGAGCCGCAGAAGAAGGGAGGGGGACUAGUGAAAGAAACAACAAGGAGUUGCGAUAGCUCCAAGAAGAAGCAGCCCAAGGCCUCAUCCACUCAGGGGGGGAAAAGUCCUUCAGUGAAGCCUUCCAAAGCAGCUGGGACCACAAAGAGCCACGAGAGCAGUUUGGACGAAGGGGCUGAGAACAGAGGCCUGGCCACCAAGAAGAGGAAGAGGGAAGACAACGGCGACCAGGUGUUGGAGACCCCUGAACUCAAGAAGAGCAAAGUCAAGCCGAAGACGCCCCAUUCAUUCCCCAAGAUGAAGCGGCAGUCAAGUCCAUUUCGCAGAGUGCGAGCAGAAGAGGUUGACGUGGAUGCACGGGUAGCUAACAACUCCUUUGAUGCCAAGAAAGGGGCUGCUGGAGACUGGGGUGAAAAGGCAAAUGAAGUCCUGAAGUUUACGAAAGGCAAAUCCUUCCGUCAUGAGAAGACUAAGAAGAAGAGGGGAAGCUAUUGUGGCGGCACUAUCUCCACCCAGAUCAACUCCAUCAAGUUUGAGAGUGAUUAAAGUUUGGAUGUGUCUCUGGACCUCCCCCAGCUGGAGCAUGUGGGAGAACUAGGAUGAGGGGGGGGUGGAGUGGGGAGAUCAGCUGCUUCACCUGAUGAGUGAACUUGGCCCUGUGGCCUUCCGUGGAGACCCCUGGAUCAUGCCCUGCAGGGUGACCACUUGAUUUUAAAAGGAAAGAAGUUCUGGCAUUUGAUAGACACCUUUUUAAAAAUACAAUAUUUUAGAUAAUGCUCUGACAGUAGCAUGUGAUCUUUAUCCUUUGUUCAUUUAACAGGGAAUGAAAUCCAUCCUCUGUCCCUUUAGUGACCCAUUUUGCUGCCCUUUGUUUUCAGUUUCCUUUUUUUUUGCUGGUUACUUGAGCUUGGAGGGCUUGAGGAAUGGAGGCAAGGGCAGGAGGGGGACAAUCUCUGCUUCUCUCCUCUUGGGCACUCCGAAGUCUGUUGUGAGUCUUGAGGUUCCUUCAAGAGGGGAAAACCUUAUUGUGCCUCUGUGGAGAGGCGGCAGACAGACAGGCAAUUGGUUCCUGUUGUUGCUCUGGUGAUCUUGUCUUUGUUAGGGGCAUUCCCCUGCCAUCCAAGAAGUCAGUGACUUGCAGAAUCCCAAGGUAAAGCUCCCUUUUUUCUUAAAUGGGCUGAUUUUUGUGCCUGUUGAGAGCCAUUGGCUGCCUGAAAUUCAGACAUUGAUUUCAAUACUUUUUCUAGACCAGAUGAUAAACUCAUAGGUCUGUUGCCUUUGCCUCUGCUGAAAUCCAAAACCUGAGCAAAAUAGCUGCAGAAUGCAGUUCUUACGUCUUUGUCAGUGAUCAUGUGACACUGCUCAAGAGCAGAAAUAAUAGGCUUCAGUGCGCCAGCCAUAAAAAUCACCAUUAUCUUGUCUGCAGGCAGUGCCUCACAGUGGCCCUGCUUCAGCCAGAGGUGUGUGCAACAAAUAAUGGCCGAUAGUCAAAGGAUAGAGGAGGGUGAGCAUUCUAGGUGAACGUCUCUUCAGAUGGCAACCCUGUUCCUGGACUGUACAUCUGCAAGCUUGAGGUGUGUGGGGCGGGUGGGGUUGGGAAGGUUGUGUGCUUGAAUGCUGCGCACUUGAAGCCCUUCAAUCAUUCCUCUGGUUGUGCAUAAAGGGGAAUACUCCAUCCUGCAGUUCCCUCACCUCAAAUCUGGGAGGGUCCAGUCCAGACACAGCCUUCCUUUCUGGUGAGCUGAAGACAUGUGUCUGGGCAGGAGCUCCAAAUCUUUGUCCUGCUCCGCACUUCUUGUCCCUGCAGAUCUUGGGCCAGAAGCGGGAUAGGGUUGGGGGGAUCUUUCCACAGCCAUGGCUCUUACCGAGCACAUUCUUUCAACUGUUCUCAUGGAACUUCAGAUGUCAAGACAACCCCAGCUGUGUGAGGAAGGCUGAAAUUUUUUACUUGAAUUGAGAAGUACAAUAAAAAUGUUUGUAACUGUU